AGGAAACUCGCCGCAGAUUCUUCCUUGCGUGAAAAAUACGUACAUUUUAUGCGUGAGUAUGUGACACUGGGUCACAUGGAAGCGAUCGAAACAAAUCCCACAAAUUUCACGCAAUGUUAUUAUAUCCCUCAUCAUGCCGUCACCGGAAAAUUUCGGGUGGUCUUUAACGCGUCAUCUAAAACUACCAACGGUGUAUCGCUUAAUGACACUCACUUUUCCGGCCAGCAGUUGCAAGACAACUUGGUAGAUAUACUACACCGAUUUCGACGGUACGCUAUAGCCAUCACUGCAGACAUAAGGAAAAUGUUUCGUCAGGUGUGGGUUGAUCCGAGACAUCGUAAAUGGCAACAAAUCUUGUGGAGAGAGUCGCCUAACGAAACACUGCGUAUUUACCAGCUCAAAACGGUGACUUAUGGUAUAGCAUGCAGCCCAUACAAUGCAAUUCGCGCGCUAAUACAAUGCGCACUUGAUAACGCUGAAGCCAUCAUCGACGGCAGCCGGGCAGCCGCAGCGCGCAACAGCAUACUUCAGUGUUUUUAUGUCGACGAUUAUUUGGAUAGCGUCGAUACUACAGAGAUGGCCGUCAUCCGAGCACAAGAUGUUAGCACCAUUCUUCAACUAGGUGGAUUCGUGUUAGACAAAUGGAAUUCUAACUGUUCACGGGCCCAAGCGACAAUAUGCGGCUCUUCCGUAGCAGAUUUGGCAAUCAAUUUGGGCGAUCAUGACACGAAAGUACUGGGGCUACACUGGAACCCAGUUACCGACAACUUGUUCUUCAAGACGUAG